AUGCUUCAGGACCGACUGAACGAUGCUGCAAUCGCCCUCCAUCGAGUAUUGAACGCGGCGAAUAUCCGAUUCGGCAUAUUUGGUGGCUAUGCCAUCGCUGCGCUAGGUGGCGCCCGGGAGAGUAAAGACAUUGACUGUAUCGCUUCCGUCUCCAACGAACACAUUGUUACUCUCCUAGAUGGGAAAGACGGGUUUGCUGCCAUCCCCCAGAGCCGACAAGAUUAUGUGGCAUUCCUAUGGUCUGAUAAGCCCGACCGAAGAAAUGCGGUCCUUGUAGAGAUUUUCUGCGAGCAGUUUACAGACGCCCAGUAUACCAUGAGGGGUAUACAAGCCACUGUUCGUAUGGUAAACGGGCAAAGAUUCGGCACUGGUCCUGUCAGCUUUCUUGAUCCCUUUUACUUGUUUAAAGGGAAACUUCGUGCCGCGGCAACUCGGUCAAAAUUUCAUGAUUCUGCCGAUCUUCGAUGGUUAGCUGAUCGAUAUGGGAAUGCCGUUCAGGCACGAAAGGAUGAGCUGAGUCUCCAAUACAUAGGCCUUGCAGUGAAGCGAUAUCCUGAGCUUGAACUUCUGUUUCGGCGAUUCGGGGUCAAUCUUGUGAAAGCAAAGGAUACUGUACAGGAUCUUGAUCCCUCUAGACUUCCACCGCCUGCUCCUGGGGAUGUUCAGCUAGGAUUGUUGGGAUAG